AUGGCGGAGUUGGUGCCUUUUACGGUUCCCACCGAGAGGGACAAAACCUUGCUGGUGUGGGAGCUGAGCUCUGGACCCACGGCCGAGGCCUUGCAUCGUUCUCUAUUCGCAGUGUUCUCCCAGUUUGGCCUUGUGUAUUCGGUCCGAGUCUUCCCAAACGCUGCAGUGGCCGGUCCUGGUUUCUAUGCCGUUAUCAAGUUUUAUUCAGCAAAAGAUGCCCACAGAGCCCAAAUGGCAUGCGACCAGAAGCAGCUUUUUCAGAAAUCUCCAGUGAAGGUUUGUCUCGGCACCAGACAUAAGGCGGUUCAACAUCCAUCCCUUCCCCUAAACAGCUCCCGAUGCCAGGAAUUGGCAAAUUACUACUUUGGUUUCAAUGGAUGGUCAAAAAGGAUCAUCAAGCUUCAGGAUCUUUCUGACCUUGAAGAGAGGGAAAAUGAAAAUGCCACAAUAUCACCACCUCAGAAGCGAAGCCUCAAGUUCCUCUGUGCUUUAGAGGUGGUGUUGCCCUCCUAUGAGUGCAGAAGUCCUGGAGUUGGUGUGGCCGAGGAGCCUUUGGAUAAGCUGGAGGAAGGACCAUUAUCAUUCCUUAUGAAAAGGAAGAAAACCCAGAAGCUUGCUAUUCAGAAGGCUAUGUCAGAUGCAUUCCAGAAACUGUUGAUUGUGGUUUUAGAAAGUGGUAAAAUAGCUGUGACAUAUAGACCCUGUGAAGAGAUCGCAGAUGCCAGAACUGAAGAGGAACUACAGGAUUUAAUUCAAGUCAGCUACUUUUCUUGGAAGCAGUGUGGCCAAGGGGAGGAAGAAUAUCUCUCUGAUUUCAGCUUUGAGGAGGAAGAGUUCAGAUUGCCAGAACUGGACUAGCA